AUGAUCCUCCCAGGCCUCAAAAUCACAGCGCGCGGCCUAGUCCAAAACCUACGCAACCAAGCCACGCAACAACAACCCUGCGGCAUCGACCUAACGCUCCGGCACAUAUCACGCUGGACAUCAAGCGCAACGAUCGACUUCGACAACAGCAAGCGCAGCGCAGCGGCAACGCAGCAGCUCCCGUUCAACUGCCUGGACCAAAUCAAACUGGGGCCGGGCGCGUACCUGGUCGAUUUUAACGAGUCGGUGCGAGUGCCGCUGGACUGCAUGGGGAGUGUGUAUGGUCGGUCGUCGUUGUGGCGGUCUGGGGUGAGCAUUUCGGCGGGGGUGGUUGAUGCUGGGUAUGAGGGGGCGAUGGGGGCUUUGAUGGAGGUUUUGAAUCCGCAUGGGGUGUGUUUGUAUCGGGGUGGGAGGCUUGCGCAGGUUGUUUUUGAGGAGAUGGCGGGGAGGGUUGGGGGGUAUAGGGGGGUUUAUCAGGGGGCUGGGAGUAGUGUUGGGAGGGAUGGGGUGGGGGAGGUGUGA